CACGAUAGGCAGGCACAUCGGCAUCCGAUCGUCUUGAGGCAAGUUGUCAUCCAGAGAGAAAAAAAAUAUGGAAGGGCUACGACUGUUUUUACUUUUUGCAGUACUUUGCGUACAAGCCAAAUAUUCUUUGGCUUUCAAAGAUUGCACUGCUGAUGCCAAUUGUCCCGAUAAUGCGAAAUGCGUAACUUCCAAGUGUAAAUGCGACGCCGGCUUCGAGCUCCUGGAUCUGCCCUACACUGCGGCUUCUGAGGCAGUGCCUGCUUGCAGAGAUUUGGGAGUUUGUAGUGAAACUGACAAUUCCAAGACUGACUGUGGAACAAACGGACACUGCAUCACAUACGUGGACGAUUAUGGAGCAGUUAAAACUGUCUGUAAAUGCAAGCCUGGCUACUAUGGCGUCAACUGUGACAAAACUACACCGGUUUAUACCACACCAACAACCAGUCCCCCAUACGUGACCACUACAAGGAAAACGGUCAACUUCGGGGCCAUCAUCCCAGCCAUUGGAGGGGGGGUCCUCCUGCUGGCUCUACUCGCGGGAGGUGCUGCUGCCCUGACUUCCUCAUCUGGAUAAAAACCACUCCACAUUGAUCCUCCACCAACUGAACGAAUGUUCUUUUCUGUCAAUGAAAUUUAAUAAAUCACGAGA